AGAGCUGCGAGCCUGUAUUUAUUCGCAGUAGCAUUUGACCAUGGUUGGACAGAGGAUACUAAAGGGAGGAGAUCGGGAGAGGGGAAAGAAUUAACCCUAGUUAAAAGUAAAGGGGGAGGGCAAGGGGAUUAUCCCAUGCUGUACGACUCCUCAUCUUCUUUGCGUAUAGACAUCACCGACGCCGAAUUUAUAUCUGCGGCAUUUCUCUCUCUGUUCUUUCUUUGACCGGCGAUUUGAAUCAAAGUUUCCGGUGAUUUCCGCCGGGAUCUGCUCGACGAAAUCGAAUUUACGAAACGGAGCGAUUUAUCCGAUCGGCGCCGGAACUUCCCUCUAUCUGAUUGGAAAGGAAUUCUUUGUAAAGAAGGAGAUCGGGAUUCGGGAGGCACUUUGUUAUCUUAUCUGUAUAUUUGGGAGAGGUCAGGUUCGGUUAGGAUUUCUUUUCUGUUGGAGAUCCAAGUGAGAAUUUUGGUUUUUAUGGAAAUGUAUAAGUUAUGUUUGUGAUUUGAGGCAUAUUUUGAGAGAGGAAUCAUUGGGUGAGCUCUGAUGUUUCUGAGCUUUGAGAGGGAACUCGGGAGAGAUUUGAGUUGAUAGAUAGUAAGGACUUUGUCUUCUCUUUUACAGGAUUGUUUCUUAGGAUUUAGGUGGGGUAUUGGUUGGAUUAGUUUCUGAUUUAAUUUAGUUUUGUUCUGAAUUCGUUUAUCAUUUUCGGGAGUAAAAAGAUUCGGGGUGGAUAGCGACUUUGUGGGGUUCUUGAGAUUAAUUAUAGAUAGUUGAAUUAUUUGUUCUAAUAUUUUAAUGCUACAUUGAUCGGAAUCGAGGAAAUUUUACAGUUUCAAGGCGUUUUGGGCUUGAGUUAUGUUAGUGUGAAGAGCCAUCUCUUCCUAAAGAGAGGGCUUCAUCUCUAACUGCUAACCGUGUAUUCACCAACUCAGUUGUUCCCUUUGUCUCGAUUUAAGAUAAUUAGAUCAGAAAUCAAAGAGAAGGGGGCUAGUUCUAUCUACAAAAAUUUCUCUCCUACUGUCCCUCAAUUCCAGCUGGCCCCUCUGUCGAUUACCACAUUGGUGCUGUGUCGUCCGAGGAUUCUUAUCAGAACCCAUUUUUCUGAUGGAGUGAAAGAGUUCAACUUCGACGUCUGUAUGGGGGAAGAUAAGAGUCGCAGGGGUCGGUAUCAGGAUGUGCAGGCUGGAGAAAUCUGAGAAGAAGUUUGAUUUUAGAGUGGAGAAGGAGAAAAAGUGGCAGAUGGCCUUCAAGUAUCCGGGGGAGAGUAAAGUUGAAAAAUUGAAGAGUUCAAUGGUUCCCCGGUCUCGUAUGAAACUCUGGUUGAUUCGGGCGACGACUACCGUGUUGCUCUGGACUUGCGUUGUACAGUUGACAGCAUUGGGGGAGAUGUGGGGGCCGAGGGUGUUGAAGGGAUGGCCGUCUUGCUUUACGCCUUCGGAUUCCGCUUUAUCCGUCAAAUUGUCUUCUGCUCCAGCGAAAGUUGUCCUUCCGCCCAAAAGGGUUUAUAAGAACAAUGGUUACCUGAUGGUUUCAUGCAAUGGUGGACUUAAUCAGAUGAGAGCAGCGAUCUGUGACAUGGUUACAAUUGCAAGACAUCUAAAUGUUACACUCAUUGUCCCUGAGCUAGACAAAACCUCUUUCUGGGCUGAUCCCAGUGAGUUUGAAGACAUAUUUGAUGUGGAACAUUUCAUAACAUCCUUGAGGGAUGAGGUUCGGGUAUUGAAAGAGUUACCACCCAGGCUGAAGAGAAGAGCAGAACUUGGAAUGGUGUAUUCCAUGCCGCCUAUUAGUUGGUCUAACCUUUCAUACUAUGUUAAUCAGAUCCUCCCUCUCAUUCAAAAGCACAAGAUCUUGCAUUUAAAUAGAACUGAUGCUCGACUUGCUAAUAAUGGGUUGCCUCUAGAGAUUCAGAGGUUGCGCUGUCGAGUAAAUUUCAGUGCUCUGCGAUUCACUUCUCAGAUAGAGGAGCUGGGAAGACGGGUUAUUAAGCUUCUAAGGCAAAAAGGCCCUUUCCUAGUCCUUCACCUCAGAUAUGAAAUGGAUAUGCUGGCAUUCUCCGGCUGUACUCAAGGUUGCAACGAUGAAGAGGUGGAAGAGUUGACAAGAAUGCGAUAUGCUUAUCCAUGGUGGAAGGAAAAAGUCAUAGAUUCUGAUCUGAAAAGAAAAGAUGGUUUGUGCCCUUUGACACCUGAAGAAACUGCUCUAGUGUUGAAGGCAUUGGAUAUUGACCGUAAUUUCCAAAUAUUUAUUGCUGCCGGAGAAAUAUAUGGAGGACAAAAGAGAAUGGAAAGUCUGGCUGAGGCUUAUCCAAAUCUGGUGAGAAAAGAAACAUUAUUGGAACCCCCAGAUCUUAGAUUUUUCCAGAACCACUCAUCCCAGAUGGCGGCAUUGGAUUAUCUAGUUUCACUGGAGAGUGAUAUCUUCAUUCCUACAUAUGAUGGAAACAUGGCUAAAGUUGUUGAAGGGCAUCGCAGAUUCCUUGGAUUCAAGAAGACAAUUCUAUUGGACAGAAAGCUUCUAGUAGAUCUGAUAGAUCAAUACAAUGAUGGGUUACUGGAUUGGAACAAGUUCUCCUUUUUAGUGAAGGAAGCACAUGAAAAUCGCAUGGGAAGUCCAACUAGAAGAGUGGUGAUUCCAGACAGACCCAAAGAAGAGGAUUAUUUCUAUGCCAACCCGCAGGAGUGUUUGGGACAUUCAGAUGAGCUAUUGAGUAGUGCAUGAGAUUACGCCAAAGAUUUAUCUGUUUGGCUGUCAAACAUCCCUCAUCGCUAUCCUUGGCAGACAAAAUGAUGCAUUUCCCUACAGAGGUAGAAAAGCGCGGGAAGGAUUCUGGUCUAAGGAAAGAAAGGGCAGAGAGAUGAUUUCGGAUUGGGGGGAUGCCCCCAGCCCCCAGGGAAGGUUUAUUGGGAAGUUGCUGGAUGGUAUUUAUAUAUCUUUUUUAUAUUUACAAAUAAUACAAUUCUUGUAUAGAGAGCGAUUCCUGCUAUUGCAGGAGAAAUAUCACAUCAGCUGUAAUGUACAACAAACGGGGAUUGAAAUAGAGAUUCAGUUUAUUGGAAUUGGGGGGACUCCGUGAAGGUUGGGUCCCUUUUCUUCCCAUGAAUGAUGAAUCUUCUCUGUUUGUUUAAUUGAUUGUCCAUUGGAUGCGAAUUAAAAAAGCCUUCACCAAAAAGAUUUGCCAUACUUUUGAGUCUUGUGUGCCACUGAUCAGUUUCUCACCACAAAUUUCCUCAAACAUAUCUUGUUCGGUUGGAACUUGGAAGAUUGUCCCGAGUUGCUCUUCAAGUGAAGCCUUGUUGAUGUGUCUGUGUGUUUUGAGGGUCUUGGUGGUUCAUGACUAUUAUCAACUACCGCCACCGCGCCAGCGUCCUUUUUGUAUUUUAAUUGUUUUGCCUUUUUUUUUUUUUCUAUUCUGGCCGGCAACCUACUCUACUUUCAUUCAUGCCGAAUGCUCUAAUGGUGGAUUCAAUCUACUUUAGCAACUAAUUAGAUAUGUUUUUCAA